AUGUUUCGUGAGAAACGUUGGCGAUCAUUGCUGUCUAAUAAAUUUAAAAAUAACUCCGUUUCAGAAUACAGGAAAGUAAAUUUAACAAAAUGCGAGCAGGUAGCUGCAUUGAACUUUGAGAGGCCAACUUACAAACUUAAAACUUCAUCUAGCAAGUCAGCUGAUGCCAACAAUACAAGAAGAAACUUCUCUUCUAGAAGGUCACUAAUGAUUGACAUCGACGGCAAAUUCUGCUCGCACUCCUGUCCAGUAAGCUGCACAGAUGAGUACGACCCGCGCUGUGCUAUCACCUCCAACGGACAGAUGCGGGUCUUCGCUAAUCAUUGUAAAUUGGAUUUUAACUCCUGCUUGUACAGAAUCGUAUGGCACGCGAGGCCUCUUUCACACUGCGUGGGAGGGAGGAAGGCUGAUAUGCAGCAGAACAGAAGGUUUAUUUCCUGGAUGCAAAAAGCAGGAAUAGUCGAUAAAAGAGGACGUUUAUCCUUACUUUGA